AUGUCUAAACUAAAGCUGCUCCGGAGGCCUCUGCCUCCAAAAGAGGAAACUGUACUGUUUAUACCAAAGAGAAAAGACCGUGAAGCUACUUCUGCCAUACAUCCAGGCGCUCGUGGAAAAGAGCCAGAAUCCAAAGAGACGCCUGGAGACCGUGGAGCCGCUGAUGCUGAACGUUCCACGAACAUGAUGAGCCCUAACAUUCUUUUUUCUUUGCCAGACUCUAUUUUGUACUUAGAGUCUUUGGACAGUAUUAAGAGAGACUUUAUCAUUCCUCUGCAGUCUAGCGGGCCUCCCAGCUUCCCGUUACAAAAACGUCGCAUACCCUUGCGACUGAAGCUGCCUGCGCUGAAGCGUCACCGGUUGGUUUUACCAUCCGAUUUUAUCCUGAGAGGCGGUACUGCAGUGGUCACUUGUACUUCACGACGUGCGAAAGACGUAUAUAAAAAGCCAAUUAUUUCUCAUUUGAACUACGAAGAGCUCUGUAAACAGCUGAUGUCCGAGUUACUGAGGAGCGGCCAAAAGGAAGUCAAUACUAUAAUGUUACCACCGGCGAAUUUUCCAUUCGGUGUGGUACAAAAACCUGAGCGACAGGUACUAACAGAAAGGUUUCUAGAGCAGCACUUAGACACUUGUGAUUUCCCGGCAGCUGAAGUCUUAGAAGAAAAAAUUUCAUUCCUCAGUGAUGAACCGAAAAAAAGAAAAAAGAGAGUGACUUAUGCAGAUGAAGUACCUGACAUUGAAGAUGCAAGUCUUGUCUCUAGUGUUCACGUUAUGUCUGACCUAGGCCCAGAGGACGAGGAAAAGGACUUGAUAGCAAAGGCCGAAAUGGCGAUUCUCGCUUGCCGGAUGCAUAAAAAAACUGGGCUUAGUCUGAAGGCAUAUUUUAUACCCAGAGUUCCAGACCUCUCAAAUUUGGCCGACAGUUUGGUGUACCUUAAUCUGUCAUUUAAUGACUUGCGCCACUUCCCUACUGAGAUAUGUGAUCUUAAAAAGCUGGAAAUCUUAAAGCUCCGAAACAACCCAAUAAAAUCUAUCCCAGAAGAUAUCACGAAAUUGACGUCCCUUAAAGUCUUGAUCAUGUCCUUCAAUCUGCUGACUGAACUCCCAUCUUGGUUGUUUAAGUUAUCAAAUCUUGAACUCCUCGAUGUUUCCUAUAAUGAACUUGAACACAUCUCGAAUGCUAUCAGCAAUGCCAGCAGUCUCCAAAUCCUCAUCGUAGAAGGCAAUCUGCUGUAUUUCUUGCCUUGUGGGAUUUUGAAACUCCCGCUGAAACGCCUGAAGGUAGAGAACAAUUUCCUGCAUCCCUUCUUCUGGAGAGAAAUCAAACAACUUGAGCCACAGCGACUCACUGAUAUGGCCGCCCUUUGUUUUGUUCAAAACAACCUGCGGCAAAGAUACCCCAAGAUCCCAGAGGACAUUCAAAAGCUAUUGGGCAGCUGUGGUACUUGUGAUUGCUGCUCAGGGCCUUUGUAUGGCCAAGGCCUUUGUUUCUUUCGCGCUUAUAGGAACAUUUAUGGAUUUCGGCUUCCUUAUGUGUUUUCUGCCUGCUCCCCAGCCUGCUACAUGAACUUCAUCACUUGUGCUGCAUCAAACACACAGUGGCUGGCAGGCUUUUCACGGAUCCCCCUUGCAGCAGCUGAGACCGUAACUUCUUGA